UCUUCCGUGUGGCCCUAGUGCUGCUGCGACACACGCUGGGCUCAGUGGAGAAGGUGCGCUCCUGCCAAGGCAUGUAUGAAACCAUGGAGCAGCUGCGCAACUUACCCCAACAGUGCAUGCAGGAGGACUUCCUGGUGCAUGAGGUGACCAAUCUCCCUGUGACAGAAGCACUGAUUGAGCGGGAGAAUGCAGCCCAGCUCAAAAAGUGGCGUGAAACCCGGGGGGAGCUGCAGUAUCGGCCCUCACGACGACUGCAUGGCUCGCGGGCCAUCCACGAGGAGCGCCGGCGGCAGCAGCCCCCCUUGGGCCCCUCGUCCAGCCUCCUCAGCCUUUCUGGCCUCAAGAGCAGAGGCUCCCGGGCAGCUGGAGGGGCCCCCUCCCCGCCCCCUCCUGCCCGCAGAGCCAGUGCUGGGCCUGCCCCAGGGCCUGUGGUUACUGCUGAGGGACUGCAUCCAUCCCUUCCCUCACCGACUGGUAGCAGCACCCCCUUGGCUCCCAGCAAGGAGACCCGGAGGCAGGAGAAGGAGCGACAGAAACAGGAAAAGGAACGGGAGAAGGAGCGGCAGAAACAGGAGAAAGAGCGGGAGAAGCAGGAGAAGGAGCGGCAGAAGUGGGAAAAAGAGCAGGAGAGAGAACAGCAGAAACAGGAGAAGGAGCGGCAGAAGCAGGAGAAGGAGCAGCAGAAGCAGAAGGAGCAGCAGAAGCAGGAGAAGGAGCGGCAGAAGCAGGAGAAGAAGGGCCAAGGCCGGAAGCUCUCGUUGCGUCGAAAGGCGGAUGGACCCCCAGCACCCCAGGAUGGUGGGGACAGGCCCUCAGCAGCUGAGGCCCGGCAGGACGCUUACUUCUGACCUCUGCCCUGGGGCUGGACCGCAUUGCCCCCCUUUUUCCCUCAACCAAGAGCAGACCUGGCUUAGGGUGCUGCCCCCAGUCCCCUAGCAGAUGGUCCCUCUUUCUGAGGAAAGUGGCUUGAUUCCCCGUCUCCUCGCCAGCUGCUGCUCCCUUCAUAGCCAGGACAGCCACAGUGUAUGGGGCAGCUGUAUUCCCCGGGGCAGCCAUGAAUACAUUUGGGCCCUCUCACCUCCAGUCAGGCCCAGCUGGGGUCUCUGUCACUCCUGCCCCAAUUCCCUCUGGGAUCUCCUCCCAGGUGCUGUCCCGAUUGGCCUCUUGUCACCACAGGGUGGCUCUUGGCAAUGGGAAUCGCAGUUUUCAGAUUCUUACACUCCCUUUCCUUCCCCAUGAGGUGGAGGUGAGUUCCUUUUCCCUUCCUCAGCCCUGCCUGUGUCCCUCAUUUCCAGGCUGGGGGCCACAGCUCUCCUUGCUCUACUUCUGGACAUCUCUGUGUAGUAAUUAUGUACAAGGACUGGGUUGGCCCCGGGGUGGGGUGCUUGCUCUGUCUUCUGUCCUUUGGUUCUCCUUCCGUAAUGCUCCUGCACUUGGGUUUAUUUAAGGGGACAUGCACUGGAAUGGGAACUGUCCCCCACUUCCUCUCCCACCACCCUGCUGCUCUCCCUCUACCUUCCCCCCUUGCUCUUUCUUCUCAGGCCUCCCCUGCCUUGUCUCACCAGGACCCCACUUUUCACCUUGUUUGCUUCCAACCCUCAGCCCCUAUCUGAGUAAGGGUUUUCUUUUGAGCUCCAGGGGGUGGAACCCAAUGUUUACAUUCUCUUCUGUCUCUGUCCCCACCCCAUGUGGCGCUUUGAGGAACCGGAAAAGAACCUGCUGUUGUACCUGU